AUGGAGUACGACACCAAGACGCCGGCCUACUCAACAGCCGACAAGACCUCCUUCGGGUGGACGACCGCCCGUGAAAGAUGGCCUAUCAUCAUAACACAAGCCAUCGACGACGCCUACCGCUCCACAUCCCAGUGUACUGAUCCUGAGAGGGCCGAGGAGGGAAAGAAGAUCGUCGAGGAGCUGGCCCGUCUCAAGUACGAGGUCCAACACGACAGACCCCUUACUCCCAUCCGAGACGACGGCUUACCUGAUGUCGCCAUAUACAACAAGGAGCUGGAGCAGCGGGGCAACCCGUCUUGGCUCAAUGUGAGCUGGUUGUACUCUGAAUGCUACCUGUUUCGACGCCUGAGCACAUCGUUCAGUCUGUCCAAACACUGGAAGAACUACGAUGUUUUUGCCCGCCAAAAGAUCGACACCUUCCGGUCCUCACGCCCCGCCGUCUUGGAGCUGGCCGCGCGGUACAGAACGCUGUUGACCCAGCUUGACGAAGGGGCUGGUAAGCCCCAGGACGAGGAGGCCGAAAGGAUCCUGUUCAUGGAGAUGUGCGAGAUCUGCCUCUGGGGCAACGCCACCGACCUGUCCCUGCUGACCAGCCUGACGUAUGAGGACAUCCAGAAGCUGCAGGGCUCCGAGGCCAGGAAGGCCGCCGAAAAGAACAUUCUCGUCAAUGACCUGCCCGCCGCAUACGACGUGCUGAAGAGGGCCAAGGCGGAGGGCAAGGCCGAGCGCAGGGUCGACAUCGUCCUCGACAACGCGGGCUUCGAGCUGUUCGUCGACCUCAUCCUCGCCGGGUACCUGCUGUCCUCGGGCCUCGCCACCCUUGUCGUGCUCCAUCCCAAGUCCAUCCCCUGGUUCGUCUCCGAUGUCCUGCCCAGCGAUUUCUCGGAGCUCCUCAACGCCUUGGCGAACCCGAAACAUUUCUACGAGACCCCGUCCGAGGCCGAGAGGCUACAGGACAAGACCCCCGAACCGCUGUCGGACGGAGAACUUGAAGACUUGGCAUUUCUCUUCCAGAACUGGAGCCAAAUCUACGCCGAGGGCCAGAUCAUCCUGCGGCCCAACCGGUUCUGGACCCACCCAGGCAGCUUCUGGAGGCUGCCACAGGCAGAUCAAGAGCUCUACCAAGAUCUGCAGACGAGCGACCUGGUCAUCUUCAAGGGUGAUCUGAACUACAGGAAAUUGACAGGCGAUGCGCAAUGGGACGCCUCGACGCCCUUUGUCGAGGCCAUUGGACCGCUGGGCUCGGGAUCCGGGCUGAACGUCCUGGCGCUCCGGACCUGCAAAGCAGAUGUAGUGGUGGGUCUGAAGCCUGGCCAGGAUGAAGAGCUGCGGGCGAUGGAAGGAGGAGGAGGCGACUCGGGGGCGAGGAAAUGGGCGUGGAAUGGCAAGUGGGCGGUUGUCUCCUUCUCGUCAGGCAAGUAGCCCUUGUCUUUUCCCCGUGGGCUUUGACUCUUCUUUUGCCUUUAUUCUCUGGUCCAGGUGUUAUGACACUCAACGCAUGUUCGGGCGUGUUGCUUUUUUAGUAGAGAUGGCGGGGAAAACGAGGUCAUAUUAGAAAUGAACUCCACCAGGGACAGGAUAGAACUGCCAUAUACAAACAACUGUG